GAACUAUUAAUUUAACGACGUAACAAAUGCAUGAUCCACAUAUUUGAUGAUGUGGCAUAUAAAAAUAAUUAAUUAUAAAAAACAAUUUAAUGAAAAUUUAAAUUAAAACAAAAUAAAAAUGGGGCCCACCCCUCUUCUCCCACCCGAACAAAUGUUCUAUCUUCAUCUCCUUCUUUCUGCAACACAACCAGCCAUCCCCUUCUUUCUGCAUCACCCUUUUUGCAUCACCAUCAUCAAAGUUGAAAUUUACACAACCUAUUUGAAUCCAAAUAUGAUUCCCAAAUCUUGACACACGGCAUGGCGUGGAUUGACGCCUUCGACACCGGCGGCUGACUAUCCUUGCCACCUAGCCCCUGCAGCAGCAAGUCCAGGUCCGAAUGCCCUUCGUUCACCACCACGCGUUGAUGGGGACGAUUCCUUCCCGCGGGUUUCGUCUUUCCGGAUUUUCUCCAUCUGGGUCUUCCGGUCGUGUUGCGGCGGAGGCGGCUACACCUAAGACUAAGGGCAGGAGCACAGAGAGCUGUCGAUCUCGACCCCUCCUCAUAAGCCAGUCGAAAAAGGAAGCUAAUUCAGACGCAAACUCAGCUUCCGAUCCAGGAAAUUUUCUGGGUUUUUUUUUUCGGAUUGAGAGCGAAAACUGAGGAAAUAUAUUAGGAGAUUUGGGGAAGACGAAGAAUCAGAAGAAAUUUAGAAAAUUUGGGAAUGGGGUUUAGGGAUUGGGAAGGGGGGGAUUGACAUGGAGGUUGUAUGGGAUGGGUGGUGGUGCUGGAGAAAGAAGGAGAUAGAGAUGGAGGUCCUUUGCUCGUAUGGGAGAAGAGGGGUGGGCCUCUUUUUUAUUUUCUUUUAAUUUAAUUAUUUGUUUAAAUUGUUUUUUUAUAAUUAAUUAUUUUUUAUAUGCCAUGUCAUCAAAUAUGUGGGUCAUGCAUUUGCCACGUCAUAAUUUAACGGUCAAAUGAACUGUUUAAUUAACGAACGUAUGAAAUUACAACAAAAUAUAAGUUUAUGUAUGAGAUUGAAAUGUUUUAAAGAUAUUGUAUGAGGUUGAAAUUGCACUCAUAUAAAAUAUAAUUUAUCCUAUAAUUAAUAUUGUGCGCACCCAAAAAUAUGUGUAACUGCUGAAUAGGAUAUUAGUUAGCUUCGAAAGACUACCAUCGAUUUGUCGGCAUGUCACUUUGAAUGCAUGGUUAGCUUUAAGUCUUCAAUUGAUCGAGACAUCAAUUCACCACCCACACAUCGAUCGACUCAUACUUUUUAUUUAUUUAUGUUUUGCAUGAGUUGUGUCUAUAAAAGGAGUUAACUUCUCCACUCUUAAUUAUCCGAGAGCCAUAAAACAAUAUUUCCUAUAACCAGAAAAAACACACUGCCAUGAAAAUGGAUUCUUUGUUGUCCAAGUUUACCUGUUUGCAUUGUCUUCUUCUGCUAUUACUCAAUGCUACUCACUGUUUUUCAUUUGUGCAGACUCAGACACGGACACUGUGCCACGCUGACGAGCAUUCCUUCUUGUUACAAUUCAAGGAAAGCUUUAUGGUAGACAAGUCAGCUUCUAGAUCUCAUUUUGCUUAUCCGAAGGUAGCAUCUUGGGCUCGAGAAGGAGAUCAAAAUCAAAGUAACUGUUGUUCGUGGGAUGGUGUUGAGUGCCAUGCGGAGUCUGGCCGUGUCAUUGGCCUUGACCUCAAGAGCAGCUGUCUCUAUGGUUCUAUCAAUUCCAACAGCACCCUCUUCCGACUUGUUCACUUGCAGAAGCUUGACCUCUCAGAUAACAACUUCAAUUCCUCUGAAAUACCAUCGAGAUUGGGCCAUGACCUUUCGAGUCUAUCCUAUCUCAACCUUUCAAGGUCUGCAUUUUCUGGCCAAAUUCCAUCUGAAAUUUCAAAGCUAUCCAAACUGUCUACCCUUGUUCUGUCUUACAAUCAUGGUUUGGAGCUUAGGAAGUCCAACAUAAGAAUCCUAGUCCAAAACUUGACCAGCAUAAAACAACUUCAUCUUAGUGAUGUAGGCAUAUACUCCACUGUGCCUGAUAUCUUGGUCAACGCAUCUUCUCUCACAUCUCUCAAUCUAAGCUCUUGUGGGUUGUAUGGGGAAUUCCCAGUAGGCAUUUUCCACCUACCAAAUUUAGAGGAGCUUAGAUUGUACUCGAACACAGACCUAAAUGGUUAUUUUCCUACUUUUAACAGGACCAAUUCCUUCAAAACAUUAGAUGUUUCAGAGACAAAUUUCUCUGGUAAACUUCCUAGUUCUAUCGGAAACCUUCAUUCCUUAAAUUACUUUGAUAUCUCAUACUGUGGUUUUGAUUCCCAUGUUCCAUCUUCAUUUGGAAACCUUACCCAGCUCAGUUUCCUUAAGAUGGCUUUAUUUCAUGACGUUUCCGCAGGCCAAUUCUUAGUUCCUGAUUCCUUGUCUUGUUUUGGAAAAUUAACCAAGCUCAACUACUUGGGUCUUUCGAAUAUUAACUUACAGGGGAAUUUCCCACGUUUUGUGGCUAACCUCACCCAACUUGUGUUUCUAGACUUGCUUAACAAUUCAAUAACUGGUGAAAUCCCAUCUUGGCUCGCAUUAGAGUUGACCCAAUUAACUUUUCUGCGGCUCACCCGCAACGAUUUGCAAGGAGCAAUUCCUAAAUCGCUUUUCCACCUCAGAAAUCUUGAACGUCUUGGCCUUUCCUAUAAUAAUUUGAGUGGAUUAGUUGAGUUUGAUGAGUUUUCCAACCUCAAAAAGUUGAAGGUACUUGGUUUAGCGUGCAACAAGUUAUCCGUGCGUGUCAAAUCUGGUUCGAGUGCUACUCUUCCAAAGUUCGAAGUUCUAGAGUUGGAUGACUGCAACUUGACAGAGUUUCCAGAAUUUUUGAAAAAUCAAUACGAAUUGGGAGCCUUAGAACUUUCUGGUAACAAUAUUCAUGGCCAAAUACCAAAAUGGCUCUGGAAUGCAACUAGAGAAACUCUGCUCAAUCUCGACCUCUCUUCGAACUUCUUAACAGGCUUUGAGGAAAAUCCAGUCACUCUUCCAUGGAAAAAUCUACAGCUUUUAAGUCUUGGGGAUAAUCGGUUACGAGGGUCAUUGCCAAUUCCACCACAAUCUAUCACGUCCUACGAUGUCGGCAACAAUAAUUAUAGUGGAGAAGUUUCACCAUUGUUCUGCAACUUGAAUUAUCUUCAAUUUUUUGAUUUGGCCAACAACAGCCUGAGAGGCAUGCUUCCACGAUGUUUGGGGAAGUCCAGUAGCUUGGAGAUACUGAAAUUGAAGUUUAAUUCUUUCCAUGGAGAUAUUCCCCCAUUUUGUGCUAACAGAAAUAGUUUGAAAUUGGUUGGGUUGAGUUACAAUCGGCUACAGGGGAAGCUACCAAGAUCAAUGGCCGAUUGCACCCAGUUAGAGUUUCUUGACAUUGGCAACAAUCAGAUCAGUGACAUCUUCCCUUCUUGGUUAGGGGUACUUCCAGUAUUGAGGGUUCUCAUUUUGCGGUCGAAUGCAUUUAAUGGGAUAAUUGGGAAGCCUCCAACUAAUCAUGAGUUCCCAAACUUGUGCAUCAUUGAUUUAUCCAACAAUCUGUUUUCAGGUAUGUUGCCUUCUAAGUACAUGGAGAACUGGAAUUUCAUGAAAUAUGUUGUUGCAAACAAGGGAAGCCGAUACUUUCUAGUCUCAUCGGACUACAACACAAAUAAAUAUGGAUCUUAUGAAUUUUCAUACUCGAUGAUAAUUCCUGUAAAAGGUGUUAAGUUGACAUAUGAUAAGACCCCCUAUGAUCUGAGACUCAUAGAUUUCUCAAGUAAUAGAUUUGAAGGAGAGAUUCCAGCAAGUAUCAUUGGGAGUCUAAGAGCACUUCAUUUGCUAAACCUCUCCAACAACGCUCUCUCUGGUCACAUCCCUUCAUCUCUAGGGAACUUGACUGCUCUUGAAUCGUUGGAUCUCUCUCAAAACAAGCUCUCAGGAAGGAUCCCCGGUAGCUUGGCACAACUCACUUUCCUUGAGUAUUUCAACGUGUCGCAUAACCACCUUUGGGGGCAAAUACCACUUGGCCAACAAUUUGGUACAUUCCUAGAAGAUUCAUACCAAGGAAACUCAGGUCUGUGUGGAAAGCCUUUGUCCAAGAAAUGCGAGGGUUCUGAAAGCUCGAGGCUGCCGCCACCAUCAAGCUUUGAAGAAGAUGAAGAGGCUGGAUUUACAUUUGAGUUUGACUGGUAUGUAGUUUUGCCGGGAGUUGUUAGCGGACUAGUAGUGGGAGUGGUCGCUGGAAACAUGUUGGCAGACAAGAAGCAUGAAUGGUUUGUGGAGACAUUCAGGAGGAGGAGGAAGUCAACAACUGCACGGGCGACGAGGGGACGCCGAACUUAGCUUGAUGUGUCUACCGGCUGGAGAAAUGUUUGGGGCCUUCAAGGCCAACGCAUGUAUUUUAUGAUUUCUGGUGCUUCAGCAUUUGUUAUGUUGUAUUACAAUAAUGGGGCUCGAUAAGUUUGCUUUGUAUAACAUUUCUACUUGAUCAAAUUCAGUGUUAUCAA